AUGACCUCAUGUUCAUUUAAAUCAACACAUAAAAUAACACCAAAUUUAUAUCUUGGUGAUGCAAAAAUCGCUCGAAGUAAAUAUUUUUUCGAAAAUAAUAACAUUCAUGGCAUAAUUAAUGUCACUUCUAACGAGCCAAAUGCCUAUCCUGAAUCAAAUGAUUAUUUACGUGUAAAUAUCUAUGAUAAACCAAGCGAACAAAUUCGUCCAUUUUUUCAACAUGUUUUCGAAUUCAUUCGACGACAUCAUAGUCUUGGUCAUAGUGUGUUGGUUCAUUGUCAAAUGGGUAUUUCACGAAGUGCAACACUUGUCAUUGCAUAUUUGAUGAUCGAUGGACAUAAGACACUCGGUGAAGCUUUUCAACAAGCCAAAAGUGUACGACAACAAAUCGAUCCUAAUGAAGGUUUUAUCAGACAAUUACGUGAACUGGAAAUAUCAUUGUUUGGUCAGACAAUGACUCUGGAACGUAUUACAUUUCUAGAUCUUAGCAUCGAAGAAUCAUCCAAAGUUGUUAUGGAUCAUGUGCUUAUAGCUCUUGAAGACUUUGUUGCAGCUUUUGCUGAUGAUGCAUCUCUACAGACACUUGACAUGCUCAAAGAUAAACUUCUCAGAUUAGCUGACAAAGUCAAACGUGAUAAUGUCACUGAUUUAUUAUUCCAUGGUAUUUGCAAAUGUCUGCGAAUGUUAGGAGAUGAUGAUUCAUUAGAUGCAGAAGCAAGGAUUGGUCUACAACAAGCACUUUCUGUUUUGUGCACUUUCUACAACGUCGAUAUUAAAGAUUGUCUCGACAAUUUGACUAAUACUAAAGAAUGGAACGAUCUCUGCAUUGAUGUACCAUUAGUGAAUCGAUGGAUCAAUUAUUUACGAGAUAAAAGUUCUUCUGUUGACACAUCGGAAACUGAAUUCAAUCGAAUAAGCAAUUUUGACAUCAAAAAAGAUAUUUAUUCAACAAAUAAUUAUUAA